AUUCAGAAAAGAGGUUAUGUUGGGUAAAUUCUAAGAUUCGACAUUCGAGUAAAUAAUGUGUUAAAAAUAACUAAAUAAAUUAAGCGUGAAGUGAUAAGUGUCAUAAUAAACUAAAAUCAUGGCUUUUGCACCAUUACGUUUUAAUUUUCUCCGCAAAGUGGUACAAACCGCAACCUACACUACUCUGCUGAAGAGGCCUAUGGCAUAUAAAAGCUCUAUUUCUUUAGAAACUUUGUACCCAAAUAGCUCGUUGAAGAUUACGACACCUGCAUUUCAGCCAGAAACGAAUGAGAAGUUCUCAGGCUUUAUACCCAUCGACAAACUAGAUAUUACGUACAGCGCUAGCUCUGGACCUGGAGGACAGAAUGUCAACAAGGUGCACACCAAAGUUGAUGUGCGCUUUAAACCCAGUGAAGCUGACUGGCUUCAUCCUGACAUCAAAGCUAAAUUAAUGGAACAGUUUGCCAAUAAGCUGUCUAAGGAGGGCUACUUAAUCAUCAGAUCGGACACAACCAGAUCUCAACAGUUAAACUUGGCAGACUGUAUGCAAAAACUUCGUAAAAUAAUCCGUGAGGCAGCUGUCACCAAGCGAGAACCUGCUCCUGAAACUGUGGAGCGAAUUAGACAAAGACAUCUGAAAGCGGCGCGCAUGCGAGUUGCAGUCAAGCGCGAGGAGUCCCUAAAGCGCGCCAUGCGGCAGUCGCCCACUAUAGACUUAUGAUUUUUCUAUUAAAUUGGGCAUGCACGGCCUGCACACGUGCUGAACUCUGAGAGACUUUCAAAUUAAAAUAUAAAGUACCUGUCAACCUCAUUAGUUGAUAAAUUGGCUGGUAAAAAAUUAAUUAAG